GCCCGAACUGGAAGUCGAAUUGGCCUCGCAGUCUGCUCUUCCCUCAUCCCUCAUCCCCUUCUCCCCGAUAAACAGAGACCAGAACAGACCAGACCAUCAAAAUGAAGCUCGUCCGCUUCCUAAUGAAAUGCGCCAACGAAUCGGUGACGAUCGAGCUGAAGAACGGAACAAUCCUCCACGGAACCAUCACCUCCGUCUCCCCCCAGAUGAACACCAGUCUCCGCACCGUCAAAAUGACCCCCAAGGGCCGCGACCCCAUCUCCCUCGACACCAUCAACAUCCGCGGCUCCACCAUCCGCUAUUACAUCCUGCCGGACAGCUUGCCGCUCGAUACGCUGCUCAUCGAUGAUACCCCCAAGCCGAAGAAUAAGGCGCGGAAGGAGGCGGAUCGUGGCGCGCGUGGCGGGCGCGGGCCGAGAGGCGGUAGAGGGCGCGGGCGUGGUCGGGGGCGUGGUCGGGGUUUUUAAAAAGCUUGCUUUCUUUCUUUCGUGAAGGAUAAGGGUUGGGGGUUGCUAGUGCUUUCGGCUUAGGAUUGAGUGACUGGGUGAGCGUGGGAUAGGUGGCUGACGGGAGGUACCUAGUCGGGGAUAGGGAUCAACAACCGCAUUUUAUUCUAUUGUGGCUGAGUGUUGGUUGGGUUGGGUUGGGUUGUUUUUAUGUACGGUCUGUGGAUUGGGCCGUUUUUUGUGUCUGCUUGCUUUUAAUAUUGUUCAGAGUUAAAUCAUGGAUAUGGAGUUUCUUCUUACUAUCUAUCUAUCUAGCUUUGUCUCUUUG